GUGUUCGAGAAGUCAGCUCAGUCAGGCUCUGCAGGAAACUAUCAGUGGGGCCUGGAUGCUGGGAACCAUCAAGAUGGUUGGGACCCAUAUGCUGGGCUCCCAUCCCACUGGAACCACGAGGAUCAUAAUGAAGGAGAUCCUGGUUAUGAUGAAGACGAGCUUGAGCGGGCCAGGUUUCAGUGACAGCGACAAUAUGACGAGCAACAUACGUCACGACCUCGGAAGCGACAGGUAACAAA